CAAAAACCGGACUGAGCCUCAAAUUGAAGACUAUCACAGGCGAAUUCCUCUCUAUGUGCUGCAAAUCUAACUAUGGAGACGGAUCUAUUUGAAGCAGCUAAAGCAGACGAUGUGGAGCCAUUUGAACAAUUGCCAUUGCAUAGACUGAAUGAAGUUAGUGAUGCAAGGAAUAGUUUUGUGCACAUCGCUGCAUUUCAUGGUAGUAAAAGAGUUAUGGAAAAGUUGCUUGAAUACAUACGCUCAAGUGAUUUGGAAGGACAGAACCAUGAAUUGUUGAGGAGACAGAACCGCCAUGGAAACACGGCGUUCCAUGAAGCCGCCCGUGGAGGGAAGGCUGAGGUAUUACAAAUUUUAAUCACCCAUUCACCUCAGCUGGCGCGUGAGCUUGCGAGUGUGCGGAAUAGAGCCGGUGAAACAGCUGUAUUCAAAGCUGCAUUUGCGGGUCAUACGGACAUCAUUGAUAUGUUUGAAAAUUUCUUGCGCCCUAUGCCGAUGGAGAUGUACAGCAGGGGAUCCGAUGGCCAAACAUCAUUACACUGUGCCAUCUUCAACAAACGGACAGAUGUAGUUAAGAAACUUCUAUUUCAUAAGCAUGAACUCAUUUCAACAAUAGAUGGUUUGGGAAGGACACCCCUACAUGUUGCUGCUUUAAUCCCUCCAUUCAAGGAGCUUGUGCCACCAUUUCAUCCUUGGUUGACUACAACACAUAUUAAAGAAAAUGAGAAUAUUGCAGAACUUCUUCUAAGAGAAGACAAAUCCUUAUGCCAUAAAAUGGAUGAUGGACGACAUAAUCCUCUGCAUAUUGCAGUAAAAGAGGCAAAUGAUAAAGUGAUGAAGACAAUAUUACGCUAUGGUGGAGAUUGCAUAGAACAAGUAGAUAAUGAGGGGAGAAAUGCUUUGCAUCUAGCCGUCAAAAAUGCAGAAUUGAUAUAUGAGAGGAUUCCAGAGAGAAUGGAGGAUAUGCUAGAGUCCCUAGUAUCUGCCACAAAAAUGUUGAUCAAUGAUUGUGACAACUAUGGGAAAACAACAUUGGAUAUUGCUAUUGAUAGCAUGCAUAAAGAUGAACUACUCUUCUCUGGGGUUAAAAGGCUUCUAGAAGAACAUGGGGCUAUCCGCAAUGCCAACAUUGUAAUGGAGUUGCAGUUACCAGGGACCAAAUCGAAGUGGAAAAGUGAAAUAAUUUCCUGGAACGCAGUACUGAUUGGGACAGCUGCUUUCGCAGCUCCCUUCGCUCUCCUCCAAGGAAAUUCAAAUCCAUUGCAUGCAGAGUGGAAAAAUUAUGAGACACAGAGCGAAUAUAAUUUAUUUUUAUUACUUUUCUAUGUCUUCUUCUUAGCUGAUACAGUGGCGUUAGUCACUUCUGUUGCAGCAACAGUUCUACUCUUGUUUGCAAUUAUUGGAGAGAAGGAAGACAAACCCAUGGUUGAGAUCAGUUUCAUGGCUGUUAUGAAGGCCUUACUGGCAGUACUGCUUGCAUAUGGUUGCGCUGUAGCCCUACUUUUGGGACCAAAAUAUCUAUGGCUCACAGUAACAGUUUGGUUUAUGUUGCUUGUAACACCCCUUGCAAUUAGGGUUACAACUUUCCGUUCCAAACUAUAUAUCUUCACACAACCUCAUAAAUUCAUCUGGUUUAUAGUGGAGGAUACUCUUGGGCUGAUAAUUACUUUGAUCUACCAUGUCCUUGAUAUAGUUAUCCUCUUGCUUUACGAUGGGUUUAAAUCUGCAAGAAGAUCUAUAUUGCGCAGAAAUCUUUGGCCAAAGCAAAUUGUGCAGGGCAAGUAUCUCCUUUACUUUUGAGUAUGGCUCCUCUUCUUCUACAUUUUUACAGUGUAAGGCUGAUGUUAUUCUUAGUUAUCCUUUCUUAAGGGUUGAUUUAUCAAUAAUGCAUAGAGAUCG